GAAUAGCUCAAAAAUGUAAUUUAUUUUUGAGAUUUUGCCUAAAAAGUUCAGCAACUUUGCCAAAACAACAACAACAAAAAGCAGCUCUGGAUUUUCACUUUUUGAAAUAUGUCAGCCCUACACUUGCCCCCUCUUCUGAUAGAAAAUGCUUGGGAGAUGGACAACAAAUGGAGGGUCUAGGAGGGUCAUUUGAGGUUCAUCAUCCUUAUUUCUCCCCUCUGUUACAUAGCUGAGCAUUCUCGCAAUGAAUGUCCUACAGUUUAGCACUGUGGCUUGUGCUUUCAUCAGCCUCCUGUUCCUCCUCAUUGCCCUGGGCUCAGAUUACUGGUUGCAAAACAGUGUUUUCAACAAUGGCCUGUGGGUAGGUUGUAAUUCCAAAGAUGGCUGUCAUUCAUUUGGGAUGGAUGUACCAGAUUACUACCAUGCUACCCGAGCCUUCAUGUUCUUCGGGAUGAUUGCUGGAGCCGUCUCUUGCCUUACGCUUAUUGGCAAAUUUUUUGACUUUCAAUGUGGCUCCCUCUCCAAGACCAAGACCGCAGCUGUAGCCAGCUUUGUUGCAGCUCUUUGCGUCAUGAUUGCCAUGGCCACCUUCACAGGGCAGACAGAAGGAAAAGGCUCUUACGGAUGGUCUUUUGGCUUGGGCUGGGCCUCCUUUCCUCUCUUCCUUAUGACUGGUGCGCUGGCUUUCCUCUUAGAUGGGUCAGCAUGAACAUGAGGGAAAGGCUCUGCUACCAUUUCAGAUGACACCUGGUGCUUUGUUGAUCACGUGGGAUGCAAACACAGCCUGCACCAAGACAAGCUGGACCUGGAGGAAAUAACUAUACUUUCAUGACGAAACUGAUGCAUUAUAUAAUAGCAACAGGGUUAAGAAACAGCAACGUUGUCCCUUCACCACAGAUUGGAAUCUAUUAACUCAGUACUGUGGAACAGAGCUACCAACAGAAGACACAACUCCCAGCAUCCCAUACCACCGGCCUUUCUGACUUAGAAGAGCAAAAGACAGGCUAACUUUGGUUUAGAAGGAAAUCAUUCCUUCCCCAAAUGGUGACAUUCGUUUUUUUAAAAAGAGAUUGAAGAGUAUAUACAGGAUAUUGUUUGCUUAGCAUAUGCAACUAUUAUUAAUGAAGAAUAGUGAUGAAUAGUAGUCAAUGGCUGGGUUAAAGAUAAGGAAUGAAUAGACCAGACAACUUCUAUGCAUCCAGAAGAAAGGAAUAGCCUAUGGCUAUGCAGUAAAUCAUAUGCUUUGCGGUAUUGCCUUCACAUUUUGUAUGAGCACAUGACCUUUGUGAUUCACCUGUUUUUCUCCUAUAUCUUGUGGUUUUAAUGAUGAAUAAUAUAUUUAAAAUGGACCCAAAGAUUCCCAUGCCUAAAAGGCAGCCUGCAUAUGACGACAGAAACACGGCUUUCGAUUCAGAAUCAGGUCAGGUUCUAGCCCUGCAAAGUCAUUAGAAGCAAUAGAACCUCCCUCUUCUCCAUCUCUUGAUAGGCCUUCCUCUGUCUGUCUCUCAAACAUGCAAGUUCUCUGAGAAAAAUGGUUCUUCUUGCCAAGCUCCUUCGGGGCAUUUUAAUUAGACCUGAAUGUGACUUUUUCUUUAACAGAAUGUUCCCCUAGUCAACCUACUUGUUGAGCCUUCAUCCAGAUGUGUUUGCAAAAAAUGGGUUAGGCAAAAGUUAGACUGUGUCUGGUCUUUAUUGAGCCUCCAUUCUGAUUUGCUUGUGGGACAGUCAUGCAACAAUCAGCAUUCAUCCUGCCUUCAUCACUGUUGGAUGUUUAUAUGUCUUCCCGUUAAUCACUUCUCCACACAACACAAACACACCACUUGUCAGUACAUUCCCCCCUCGUCAACCUAAGGGUUGUAGCCAACAAAUUUCUAAUCAGAGUAGACCCAUGACCUAGGUUGGUCACAGCCAUUAAUUUCAGUGGAUCUACACUAAAGGAGUAGCAUCGACUAGAACUCUCUGUUUCUGUCAAGUGGUUACAUAACUUUCAUAUUACAAUAUUUAUCCAAAUAGUCUUUAAAUUUCUUCCAGUCUUCUUGAUGUUCCUCUUCUUUCUGGUCGCGGAUUCUCCCGGUGAAAGAAACAAUUAGGCCUAGGAUUAAAAUGGAAUUAAAUUUAUAAAUAAGAAAAUGUACGAUAAGGAAAGCUAUGUAACAUGAAUAGGACUGUGAUAUGGUCUUUUGAAACACUGAUGUUGGAAACUGCUACAUAUAAUUACUAAGAAAUUCGGAUGGAAGAGAUUCGAGGAAGUCAAAUACUAAGUUUAUGAAGAUGGAUGGU